AUGACUAGAAAGGUGCUACCGAAACCAUUUCUUGAUCAUCGUACAACAAACCAUCUUGAUAAUUUUAGUAAUUCUAAAUUAGAAGAAUGCUUAAAACAAAAUGAACGAAUUAAAAAUGAAUUAGAAAUUCAAAUAAAAUGUUUACAUGAAGAUUUAAAUGCUAAAUGUGAAAAUGAAAAAAAUUUAAAUAGUAAAUUAUAUGAACUUGAAAGAAAAAAUGUUGUACUUACAACAGAAAAUAAAGAAAUUCAGCGAAAAUAUGAACGUGAAUUAGAAAAUCGUCAAACAUUUGAACGUAAUUUAGAAGAAACUCAGUGCUUACUUGAUGAUGAGCGUCAAGUUAAAAAUCUAACGGAUAUUACAAAUCGAGAAUGGACAGAUAAAUUAACUAAUCUUGAACGACAAUUAAAUGAAACUAAUGAUAAACUUAAAAUCGAACUUAAUAGUAAUAUACAAUUAAAAAAACAACAUCAAGAUAUUCAAAAAUAUUGUACACAACUUGAACGUUCAUAUAAUGACAUACAGGAUGAAUAUCAAGAAUUAAUUGCAAUUAAACUUAAACUUGAAAAAGAUAUUAUUACUCAACAACUUAAUAUCGAUCAAGAAAAGACUGUUGAAUGUAUGACAUUAGAUAAAAUUCAAGAACUUGAAGGUUAG